GUCAUCUGCCGUCGACGGCACUUAAACAAGUUCAAAUUAUACACUCAAAUGCCCAGUGUAUAACCAUCGACCGCCGAAAAGCGGAUAUAUACUCCAAAAUGGCACCCAGAGACGACACAGAGCUCGAGGAUCAACCGUUCCUCGCCGGCGGCUCUCCUCGUCGCUCCAAUGCAACGCCGACACCCCGUCGCCAGAGCUCGUCCUGGAAAGUCGCUGGUUUCUUCUUACUCGUUACAAUCACCGUCUUCGGACUCAUCCUUAUCCCCUUUGGCAUCAAAGCAGACCCGAACCACCCGCUCGAAAAAGGCCACGGCCAUGAUGGUAUGGGCAUGGAGAUGGGCCAUGGCCACGACGCGCCAGCACCCAAACCAGAACCCGAACACAAGCCAGAGCCCGAAAAGACAGAGCACGAGGCCGUAACAAAACCGCCUGUAGAAGUGACACCGCUGGGCGCCCGGCUACGAGAUACCUCCGAAUACAUCCUCGACCAAGCGUGGGACUACCACGCCGCACCACAAACACGCGAGUACAAAUGGACCAUAGCCAAUGCCGGCCUGAACCCAGACGGCAUCUACCGCCCCAUGAUCCUCAUCAACGGGCAAUACCCCGGCCCUCUUAUCGAAUGCAACGAAGGCGACACUAUCGUCGUCAACAUCGACAACAAGGCCAUCAACGCAACGUCCAUCCAUUUCCACGGGCUCUUCCAAAACGGCACCAACCACAUGGACGGCACCGUCGGCAUCACGCAAUGCCCCAUUGCGCCCAACACGCAAUUUAGCUAUAAAUUCAAAGUCGACGGCCAGUCCGGCACAUACUGGUACCAUGCGCACCACAGCGCGCAAGCCUCCGACGGCCUGCUCGGCCCGCUCAUCAUCCACUCCAAGAAGGAGCGCGAGCUGCAAAAGAUCGACUACGAUACCGACCGCAUUAUCAUGGUCCAGGAUCACUACCACAACCUGACGUCAGAGCUCCUCAUGAACUAUCUGAAAUCCGGCAACGAAAACGACGAGCCCGUCCCCGACAAUGCACUCAUCAACGGCCGCGGCGUGCGCAAGUGCGCCGACUUCCCCGGCUGGAAAUGCACCGACCACACACCAGCCCUACCAACCCUCGAUCUUGAAAAGGACAAGCGCCACCGCCUGCGCUUCAUCAAUGUCGGCGCGUUUGCCGAGUUCCAGAUCCAAUUCGAUGAACACUCCUUCCAGGUCACCGAGGUCGACGGGACCGACAUCCACCCCGCCCAGUUCCACCGCCUCAACAUCCUCCCUGGCCAGCGGUACAGCGUGAUUCUCGAGCAGAACAAGACCGCCUCAGCCGACACCGUCUGGAUGCGCACGCGCAUGGUCACACACUGCUUCACAACAGAGAACAAGCGUCUCACCGCCGAGCUCAACGCCGUCGUGCGCUACUUCGACGCCGGAUCUAAACCCACCGGUGCGGCCCCAGAGCCCAAGAGCAUCGAAUGGCCAGAAGGCAUCGAGAUUAUAUGCCGCGACCUGGACAUUGCCAACCUCCACCCCGUGAUUGAGCACACCGUCCCAGCACCAACAGAUACCCUCCGCAUCAACGCCAGCUUCGUCAUUGGCGACUGGCGCCUAGCCCGUGGUAACUUCAACUACCACUCGUGGAUUAUGAACGCUACAUCGCCAUCCUUGCACCGCGUGGUAGACACACCCGUGAAAAAGGCCAGGAAAGAUCUCGCCAUCGCCAUCAACAGCGACAUCUUUGACGAGAGCAAGGAGUACGUCAUGGAGACGUCAUCUGUACGCACGGUUGAUCUCACCAUUAACAACUUUGACGACGGCUCGCAUCCAUUCCAUCUCCACGGGCACAAGUUCUACGUUAUGGCCAUUGGCGAAAAGGGAUACCCGCCUGAAGCCAAGGACCUUAAUGCAUACCUCAAGGAGCAUAAGCUCGGCGUGAACCCGCUGCGCCGCGAUACCGUGACGAUCCAGGGCUACGGCUGGGCCAUUAUCCGCGUGGUGCUGGAUAACCCGGGCAUGUGGGCGUUCCACUGCCACAACGCGUGGCACGCAGAGGGCGGCAUGCUGAUGCAGUUCCUCGUGCAGGGCGACGAGGUUCGUAAGAGAGGCGUGGGCGGCCAGAACAUGAAGGCCAUGUGUAAGCUAGACGGCGUGACGAGCGGGAUGCGCCCUGAUGACGGUCUGUGGUUUGGCAACUUUGACGAUUAGAAAGCGCCAACAAACACACACAUCUAUCUAUAUGUACAUAGCAAAAGGCAAAGUGCAGCGAAAGCGAAUGAACCCAUGAAUAUAUAUGAAAGCCAAG